AUGCCACCCAGCAGGGGAAAUGACGAAUUCGCAAAUCGAACAAGGCAAGGUACUGCAAACUUGAAGGAGGAAUUCCUCCGUCCGUCUCACAAUCCUAUCGUAUCUCAAAGUAUUCAACGUAACACCGAGCCCCAUGGCCUCCACGAUACCCUACCUUCCCCACGUUCUCCCCCACCCAAGCCUCCUGGUACCUCGGGACCCAAUCGAGACACUACACCCAACCGGCAAAGCUACCAAAGUCCACAAUACAGAGGACCAAGUGGCGUUGCGGGGACCCCGCAUUCCAAAAAAACAUACAGUACCAGAAAACCACCAGAGCCAUACCAAUAAACAGCAUGCCAAGGCGUGGUGUAGCAUGACGUAG